CCUCAUUACCAACUGAAUGGAUGAUGAGCUGUCAGGUAACAAGUCUUGAGGACGCAUGUCAAUUUCCUUUAAUGUUCUCAGCUACUUGUUAAACAUGAAAGGGGGUGGCUGAGGGUAUAUAAGACACCCCUAAUCUCCCACUGGAGCAAUUUGUCAUUAAACAUGCGUUCAGUUGGAGCUCUGGGCGUCGCGCUGCACGCAUCUCUGCUGGUGCUGCUGGCUCAAGGGAUUCAUAAAUCCAGGGAUGGGUUUUACACGCGGCCGCUGCACCGUUUCUCCGUCACGGACCGAUCCACGGGUUAUCACCUGCCAACCUACAUGAUGCACCUCUACAGGAAUUUCAAGGCGAACUUUUCCAGGCCUUUGGAUGCUAUGGAGCAAGACGCGGCGAGGCAAGCUGACACCGUGAAGAGUGUGAUGGCUAAAAGUUUGACGUACAGACACAAGCGCUGGGUGGCCAUCUUUGACCUCCACGCCCUGCUGGCCGACAAGCAGAUCCAAGCAGCAGAACUGAGGAUCAGGCUUCCUCGGACGCACGGUGCGGCCAACGCCACUGUGGAGGUGUACCACCAGCGCGGCCAGGUGCAGCAGCGGGUGGGGCUGCUCGCCGAAACCUCCCUGGUCACCUCGUCCCAGAGCUGGAAAGUGUUCAACGUGACCGCUCCUCUCCUGGGCUGGCUGAGGCGAAAAUCCGCAGCGAGGAUCCCAGAAAGAAGAGUGUCGAGGAGGAGGAAAGCGACGAAGGAAACGAGAGGCUCGUCUCUCCCCGAUCAGCCCGUUUACGCGGCGGGCCCGAGGAAAGAGCAGGACAUGAGCGACCGGGCCCUGUUGGUCGUCUUCUCUCACACGGGGUCCGACGAGGACUCAAAGGCUAAAGCGAGUUUGCUCCACACAGCUGAACAAUCCAAGUUCUUGUCCCCCGCUGAAAUCAAAAAGGCCCACUGGCAGAAGAGGCGCAGGAGCAAGCGGGGCCAAAGAGAACAAACAGCGAGAAGCCCACAGGUGUCCAAAAGAGGGAGUGAAAAAUCCCUCUGCCGCAGAGUGGACCUGCAUGUGGACUUCAAUCAAAUAGGCUGGGGAUCCUGGAUCAUCUUUCCUAAAAGAUACAACGCCUACCGCUGCGAAGGAUCUUGUCCAGGUCCUCUGGGAGAAGACCUGAAUCCAACCAAUCAUGCUUACAUGCAGAGUCUGCUGAAGCAUUUCCACCCGGACAGAGUGGCGUCCCCCUGCUGCGCCCCGACCAAAAUGAGCCCGCUGAGCAUGCUGUACUACGAGAACGGGGAAAUGCUCCUCCGACACCAUGAAGACAUGAUUGUGGACGAGUGCGGCUGCCAGUGACGGCGGCUCCCGGCGUGAACUGCGUUGUAGCGCAGCUAAAAGAAAGAAAAAAAAAAAAGAAGAAGAACACUUAGCCAGAUUUUUUUUCUUCUUUUUCAAAAAGCUCUUUGAUAUUUGUCACUCUGAACUGUAAGAUUGUGUCUCUCGAUCUGCGUGCAGAGACUUUUAAUUCGUGACGCGGGCUCCGGUUUGUAAGGAGAACAUUGUUAUUUGAAUCAAACUAGAAACUGUCACAAUCUGAUGUACAAGUUUAUUCCCCAUAAGUUAUCAGCUACAUCAGUAUAAACUUGAAAUGGCAAUGUUGUUGAAUAUUCCAGCACUGUUUUUAUCGUACAAUACCAUUUGUGUUAUUGUAAACUAAUGUAUAUUUAUUGUAAAUAAUAAAAACAUGUAUUUAUGUA